GUCUAUAUGUUAUAAUAUAUGUAAUAUGUAUAUUGUAUAAUUCAUGUACCUAUGUACCUAUAUAUUGUAUACCAAGUAGUAUAAAUAGCGUACCCACGACCCGAGUAAACCAUUAUAGACAUAACAUAUAGGUGUAUAGAACUAUAAUUGCGAAUUCCUUUAAAAUCUAUACAAUGUAAAAUGUAUUAAAAUAUUUGUUGAGCGCAUUCGUAUUACGUUUUAUGAUGGUAAAAAGUCACAAUCUCGUUUCGCCCUAUUGUCCUAGCUCGGUACUCUGUCAUUUAUUCAGAUAGAUCAUAAUAAUAUCAUUAAAAUUGUUUUAAAUUACGCAAAAUCAGAUUAUUUACCUAUAUUGUAAUCAUAAUAAUUAUUUAGGUAAUUAGGUAAUUAGGUAGAUAUUGUAAUUCAAAAUACGUACAUGUUAUGUGUAUUGUGCUUAGCCGCUUAGGUUUAUAUUGCAGCUUUCACUUCCUGAUAAUUUUAACAAAACAUAUGUAAAAAGUAUAUAUUCUCAUUUUACAGUUUGUUUGAUAAUUUUAUACAGCAGUUUACUAACUGAACUCACUUUUAAAUAAACAUAUUAUAUAGUAUCGUCCACAUAAAUCUCGUCAAAUAUGUCAUUUGCUUUUGGAAUUUGUUUAGUCUUAACCCUGGGAUUGACGUAUGCAGAAGUCCGCAUAACAAAUCACCAGGAGUUGAUGGACGAAACGUUUAACGGUUUCUUAGCGUGCUCGUCUCAACUAGGUCUAAAUAUGGAAACGUGCUUUGAUUUGUUGGACCCCAAGACAAAUAGUAGUGAUACCAAAUACGACAGUUGUAAAUGUUUUUUACCAUGCAUAUCAAAAAUAAUAGGAACUAUGAACUCCGAUGACGGUAAGUGGAAUGAAAAACGAUAUUGGGAAAUUACAGCAUUGAUCAAAGUACCUGAGUGGAAACAAGAAGCAGAAGUAAUUGGAAAUAAUUGCAAAGACAGAGUGAACACGCAUUGUUCAGCUGGUUAUCCUUUAUUUCAGUGUUCGUUAAAACACUCUAAAAUGCUUCAAGAUAUGGCCAAAAAUUAUAUAAUUCGAAAACAAGCAGAAAUUGAAGCCAUGGACAGUGCAAAUGCCGAAUACGAAGAUGAUGAUCAAAAUAAUCAGAAUAAGACACAAUAACCAUAAUCGGGUCACAUAAAAUGAAUUGUUUAUGUACACUAUUCCUAUUUUUUUACUGCUCUAGACUCUGCUCAUAUACACAAACACACACACAUUAUUUAUUAUAAAUGUACCUAUUCAGUAAAUAAUUGUCCUAUUUCUGUGAUAAUAA